AUGAAGCUCUCUCUCCCAACUAUGAUCUUUUCCCUCUCCCUCCUCGGCACGGUCGAUGCGUCCCGCAUUGAGAUUGAUGUCACGACUGGCCCUGGAAUCCUAGACGUAUUUUCGUCUGCGUACUAUGACGACAAGGGAAAGUUUUAUUCCCUUGGUGCCUUUAGGGAUGGAUGCAAAAAGACACAAUAUGAUUGGAUUAAGCAGAUGUGUAUUGAUGGUACCAAGAACCGGGCGCACGUCACCUACUCGGGUGGAUCGAGGAACUGCUACAAGCGGACGAAAAACACCUCCGAGAUUUGUGGUGGAUCUGAAGGUUGCUGGGGCGGUGUUUGCAACAGGUGCUGGCAUUACGUUUACACCCAGACGGCUUGCACUUGGAAACGUGACGAUGACACCGAAACACCCACUGGUGAGCAGUGGUCUGCCUGA